CGUUUCUUCUUCAGUUUAUCAGAGAACUUGGCGGUAUGUAGACGUGAAGCUCGCGUGGUUGCGGAAUUGUUAUUUUCCUGCCCAAAAAUUUAUAAGUAUAUCAGUCUGACGAAGGGAGAAAAAGCUCCAGGAUUCAGAGGAAAGCUCACAAAAUUGUUUCGUGCUAUUUGGUAAUCAGUGAAAUAAACGGAAGAGGAAAAACGGUGACCAAGAGAAAGGAGUUCACCGUCUUUCUAAAGUGUUUUGUGGGAAUUUCCUCGAAAAUACCCGCGAUAUGUAUACUUUCGUGUGCAAUGUAAAAUUAUAUUAAUUGGUGUAUGUGUGCAUGGAAAAAAAAGUUGGAAUUCAGUGCUAUAAUUGCGAGGGAUUUUGCAUGAUAGUUUGUGGAUGUUAUAACAAAUAUCCCAAAGUGAUUUGUUUGUGAGCAUUAGUUGGGAUUAUCGCUGAAAAACAAUAUUUUGAGCUCGAUAGAAAAUUUUAAAUAAAUCCAAGUGGAAGUUUGUUUUAACUAAAGUGAGUAAAAGCCGGUGUGUGAGUGAGAGGACAAAAUAUCCGGACAAAUAUCUCUUACACCGCCGAAGCAUUUAUAUACAAGUGAGCAAACGACCAACAAAGCAAAAGGUUUUACUUGAAAGUUGUUCAGAAAGUCGAAAAUGGAAGUUGCAACUUAUGGAUUUGCCACCAAAUAUGCCGACAGGAUGUCAUCUUAUUAGGCGUCGCAAGAGUGGUUAAUUGAGGAGAGACAUCACACGGAAGAAAAUGCUCUUGCAGUCCGGACAAUUCGGUGGUGUAGAGCAGCAAAGAAAUGGAACGUCGUCGGAAAAGGCGCAAGCAGCAGCUCUUCCGGUCCCACAUCAAUCUCUCGAAGUGUCCAAGCAGUUGGACAAUAUUCAGGACAACCUUGGCGAAGGAUGGACGGUGCAUCUGGCCAAAGAUGGACGACUUUACUACUGCAAUCACAUAACACGAACUGCCGGGUGGCUGCCGCCAGCUGAGAGUUGGGGUGGUGAAGAGGAAUUGCCCUAUGGCUGGGAAAAGGCGCUUGAUGAGAAGGGACGACCAUACUAUAUCAAUCACUGCAAUAAGACAACCACAUACGAAGCACCGGAUUACUAUCGAUGCGAUGAGCCGCCACCACCCCCUGAACCCCGCCUUGUUAUCCUCCAGCGAAGUCCUACGAUGGGAUUUGGCUUUGUGGCAGGGAGCGAAAAGCCAGUCAUUGUGAGGUUCGUCACAGAAGGAGGUCCUAGUGUAAAUAAGCUGGAGCCUGGUGACCAGAUACUCGCCGUGAAUGGUGAGGAUGUGAAAGAUGCACCACGGGACCGUGUUAUUCAGCUGGUGAGAUCAUGCGAGAGUCAAGUGACGCUUCUGGUGACUCAGCCACCCGUGAAUGGAGCCACAGGGAGAAAAUCCACCCUGCUGUCUGCUGGGAAAAAAGCCAAAUUGCGAACACGUCCCAGCCGUGUUCGUUUUGCAGAGAGCGUCUGUGUAAAUGGAGCACCACUAUUUCCGCCAUCAGCAUUUUCACUUGGCGAUCUCUGUGUCCCUCCAAUGGCUAACGUGCUGAAGGUUUUCCUGGAGAAUGGUCAGACGAAAUCAUUCAAAUAUGACGCAACGACCACAGUUCAGGACGUCGUUACAUCGCUGAGGGACAAAUUGUGCUUGAGUUCCGGUGAACAUUUCAGUUUGGUGCUGGAGCAUGUUAAGAGUUUGAAGAGGAACAAAUUGACAUUGCUGGAUCCGCAGGAGACCCUUGUUCGGAUUGCUGCGCGUCCUGGUGCACACAAACUUCGAUGCCUCUUCCGGGUAACUUUUGUUCCGGUGUCAGCUGCAGCAUUGGCACAGAGGGACCUCAACUCACUUGAUUACCUCUUCAUGCAGUGCUGCAAUGAUGUGACACAGGAGCGAUUUGCUCCAGAACUUCAACCGGAUGUGGCACUACGGUUAGCGGCACUCCAUAUGCACCAACACGCCCUAGCCAAUAAUAUCUCACCAGCGAAAUUGACUGUUAAAACCGUAGAACGAGAAUUUGGACUGGAACGUUUUGUGCCUACAUCGCUCAUUGAGGGUAUGAAGAGGAAAGAACUUCGACGGCUCAUAAGUCACUUCCUCAAGCUCAAUACCCAAAUGACGGGUUCGUCGAAGAUGCUAACGCAGCUCCAGGCAAAGCUUCACUAUCUCGACAUUAUAUCCGGCCUGCCCAGCUAUGGGGCAAAAUGCUUCAGCACAAAUCAACGUGAUGGUGUUGAGCGUGUUCUUCUAGUCAGUCCACGGUUUGGUCUUAGCCAAAUUGCCGGCGUAAGGAAUUCCGUGCCACAGCCCAUUUGCAAUCUCGAAGAGCUAAUAAGGGUGAUUGUAAGCAGAGAAGAUGACAUCUCAUACUCUGUGGUUGUUUUCAUGGAACCCGAUCGUCUUGUUACGUUCCUCAUGGAAGAUCGGGAUGCUAUAGAAUUUGCCCUUGUUCUCGCUGGGUACUACCGUCUAGCUGCUGGAAAAGAACUCAAUUUGGAGAUGGAGCGAGAAAUUGUUAUUGAGGACAUUGCUCCACCCUAUCUGUCCCAGCAUUCGGUUGUACCAGCAUAUUGGAGCUACCUUCCCACAUCACCUGGUAGAACGUACAGCAUGGCCUUUUCUAUGCCACCACCCUAUCAUUCCACAAAGAUCAUUAGCGCUGCCUUGAAGGUGGGUGAGCAUCCGAGCAAUUGCGAUCGCAACAUGAAUAGCACCCUGUCGAAUAACAAUCACAAAACCCCACAAAUUGGUGAGGAUGAAUUUGGAUUUGAUCUACACAGCGUCAUGGCGAUGGAGAUCCUUGAAGAUACGGGCAAAACCAAUGGGUAUCAUGGGUUAGUUGAGGCUCGCAAUGAGGAAGUCAUGAGGAGAGUUGCAGAAAUGCAAAAAAUGGUUGAAACAUCCGAACGCUACCUCAGUGAACAAGGUGAAAUGCUCAAUGAUCAGGAAUCCAACGCCAGCCUCAGGCUUCCAUGGCGACAGACUAGUGUCGAUCUUGACAGUGAUUGCGAUAGCAUGAACAGCAGUAAGUUAUCGUCGAAUGAAGAUACAGCUCCGGCUCCACUAAAACACAGUGAUUCUCUAAUUCUACUUGCUGAAUGUAUUAGCCAAGAUCUCACGGGAAUCACGAAUGACUUGAACUCCAUAUGUGGUUCACCAUUUUCCGAGAUGAAUGGCAAAACACAGCAAGGUACCCCAAAAGUACAGCGCCGAAUGCAAGGACUUAGUCAGCUAUUGAGUGAUCUUCAAGCCCUAGGGACGGACUGUUCGCAGAGCGAAAGUGACUCGGAGUCCCUGUACUCCCCAAAUAGUUCCCCAAUUCAUAGACAACAAAAUCCCCAAUUCGGCAAGUCCAGCAAUACGAAGACAAUAAGAACAAGUUUUGGCCUCCACAGUCCCGAUAGUUCCGUGCUAGGGGGUGACAAUAAGGAUACCAACCUCAAGGAGUACCUCCGACAAUUGAGGGAGGCAAGCAAUAGUGACGUAAGUGGCACUGAUACAGAUUUAGCGGCAAAGAAACUAUCCGAACUCUAUGGUUUCGAACUCUGUGAUGAUACACUCAUUGAGACUGAUCCCGAUUUGAUAGAUUUAACAGCCAUACCCCCUCCGCAGACACCCGAUGAAUUGGACGCAUUGACGGUAAUUGAUGCAGCACCCAUGGGCUUUGGGGACACUGCCAAGUGCCCACCAAAGAGCCCUGCAAAGGAAGAAGAUGAACUAGAGAAGUUUCUCGCACAAGUAAUUAUUGCACCACCCACGCAGAAGAUUACCCCAGCUAAGGAAUUGACUCCGGAAGAGAUACUCUCCUUCAUCAUCCCCCCACCACCGGGAUUGGGUGAUGAGGACACCACAGAUGGGAGGAUAAAAGAGACUGAACCACCUGUGCCAAGUAAUGGAGUCAAAGAGAAUGGCUCAGCACCUAAAUGCAAUGGAAACAUUCCGUCAACAAUGCCCAGGAGUUUUCCCACGGAGAAUCUUUACAGCAACACAAGUGCUUACGAGAAACUAUCAAAGCCAGGAAAUCAAGAGCAGCAACAACACAAUCAUGUGAUUGAGUAUUCAACUGUGGAUCGAAAAGGACCUUUUUCUUGCUGUACUAAAUCAAAGAAGGAGGAACCAUUGAAAAUAUCUGAAGAGAAUAGCGACAAAGAAUCCAAAACUUUGACACCCCCACCCAGAAUGUGUCCUCACACCACGUCUUUUGCAAUUCCCGAACGUCCGCCCAAAAGUGCUGAGCUACAGCUCAAACUCAAUUCACCCCCAAGGAAUAUUCCGCAAUCGCCAAAGCUCAAUGGCGUCAGCAGUUCAUCAUCCACAAACAGCUACUACGACAUGGAUCCACCAAAUCUCCCGCCACGCUUCGAGGAUAAUCCACCACCACUGAUGACACUCCCUCCAAAAAAACCACCUCUGCCUCCGGUGCCAUUGAAACCCAGCAACAUCCGGAGUCCUUUGCCCAUUCUGAAGAAUAGCAAUACACCCUGUGGGAGUGAGAAGAGUUCUCCUGUUCGUGUGGCAGGGAUUAGCUCCCCCCAUUUUCAUCGGCAUCCCAAUACCUACAAGGAUAUUGAUAGGGCAUUCAAUACAAGCAGCAGUACAGACUCAUCGCCAACUUCUUCAGCCCGAGGGUUCACCAAUGGCCAUAAUCGUUCCAACAGCGACUGCCCACCAGUGUGUUUGCAGAAUCCUCCCAAAGAUUCCCGGCCGCAACUCUCACUCCUCUGUUCACCCCUAAUGUCGCGCAGAAAUGUUAAUAUCUCCCUUUCCAGUAACUCCUCGCCAGCUAGUUCGCCUCAGUUGAGCUCCAAAAAUGGCCAUGUGAUGAGUCCUGAAACUCUACUGGCGAAAACGGAUGUCGCCAUGGCGGGACUUCUGGUGAAAUUGGACCAAAUUGCCGCCAUGUGUUCAGCCGCACAAGCUGCUGGUGGAGGCAUUUCUAUUGAUGAGGAAAAAUUUCAGGCAGCUCGAGAUGAGUUGACUGAUCAAACUCUAGCUCUUGUCACAGCCUCAAAGCUCCUUGUUGUUGCUCUGAGUGACCCAUCUCUCGCAUGUCUGCCUGAGCAUCUUACAUCCUGCCUCACAGCUCUCCGGAGGAUUACAGAGCUGGCUCAAGAUAUGACGCGCCAUACAUCUUCACCGCUGCAGACGCGCAACAUUGUCCUCAAAGUCCACGACGUAGCGUCGAGUUUCCGAGAAUUGGCUGGAGUCAAAAUUGGCGUCCUCGGUGCUGGCCAGCUUGCCCUCCAAGCUGAAUGCUUAGCCAAUAUGCUGGCCACUCUCCUUCGAAGUCUUCGCGUCUUCUCUCCAUAAAGCACGCGAAUAUUUUAAAUGCGUAUCCAUUUAUAAGAGCUGAAAAAAAUUCCUCUAAAGGUAUGUAAAGAAUAAAAUAAAUUCUCGUGUGAAUGUUCUGUAAAAAAAAAUAAUUCGAAAACUUUCAUAAUGGUGCAUUAUUUUGUAAUAGUAGUAAAUUUUAGAAAAAAAAAUGUCGAAGAACUGCUUCACUCUCUCAGUAAAAUUUUAUAAUCUUGUGAAAAUUUCUCAAUCAAAAUCAGUUGGUGUUCCACUUCGUGGCCAACACCAAGUAUUUAUUAUAUAGACUUCGUGGUCAUGUUGAAAAAAGAAGGACACUAGAAUUAUGUACAAUAGGUAAAUGCAAAAAUGUCCCUUUUGAGAGAAUAUUAACUACCUGCACAUGACUAAAUUUUAAUUCAGUUUAAAAUUGCAAAAAAAUGUUGAAUUACGUGGCUGCAUGUGGGUGGAAAUUUUGCAACGAACAAUUACAUUAUGAGUAAAAAUUCACGGAAAUAUGUUCAUGUUUUUUGCUCUUUAUCAUCCUCUUAGUUGCGUUUAAUGCUUUACAUGUUUUUGGGAUAAAAUAAUAAUCUUUACGUGGAAGUUGUGAGUUCUUUUCAAUUGGUCCCCAAUCGAUAUAAUCUCCGCCCUUAUGGUCGAAACAUUAAUUAGAUCAUUGAUUGGUUCCCGAAUUUGAUAUGAUUAAAAUUACAAAAUUGCGCAAUUAGCUCAAAUUAGUUUCAUAGCCCAUGUAAAGCAAUUAUCUGCAGCAGUAUCAAAUGAUUUUUGAAAAGUUAUUGAUUUUUAAUUACAAUACUGUGUGAUGUUGGGAAUAUGUUGGGGAUGAGGGGUUAAUUAAAUGAUUUAAAAUUUAAAAUAAUUUCAUUGGCAUUUUUUAAAUACAACUGGUUUUUUUUAACUGAAGCUCCCAUUAAAUAAACUAUUUUGUUAAUUCUGGUUUUAGAAUGAAUCAAGUAUUAAGUUGUGCCAAAUUUCAUCCCAAUAAAACUUUCUCUUAAAUAGUAUAAAAUACUACCUCAAAUAAAUUCCCGAUAAAAACAACUAAUUCUCACUAAAAGGACAUUUUUGCUACUUCAUGAAUUUCCAUAGGCAAUUAUUAUAUUGCAUGUCUAUGUGUGAAUAAAAAUAAAAUUCGUGAUUUUAUCAUCUCAAUUAUAUCGUAUUUAUGUUUAAAACCAUCCCAUGUCAUUGCCAUAAUACAAAUUGUUGGGACGAGGUGAAAAAAGAAGAAGAAGAAACAUAAAACAACCACCCAAAAAUUCUUUUGAUGUUCCUCCAUCCCCAUAAUAAACGUCCCCACGAUAUGAACCAUAUCUUUACCCUUAAAAGACUUUCUCCCCUUUACGAAGAGCAGUGAAUUCUUUUACAAAAUAUUUCACGGAACAAUUCCCCAAAUGAUCACAAUGCAAUUACAGAAAUAUUUAAGAAAAAAGAAGAACAAACCCACCCCCCUUUCAGAGUGGAGAAUGUUUAGUGUGUGUAUAGAAAAGAAUUUAUCCCACAUGGAAUAUCAAACUCAAAAGCAUGGGACUCAAAUUAAUCAAUAGGGCAAAUUAAGCAGAACAUUUCUUUUUUUUUGGAAAAUAUAGAAAAUAAAUAGAAGAAAAAAUAAUAAGUGUGCAAUUUAUCAAUAAAAUGAAUGUUGCAUGUUAUAUCCACUUCAAUAUAUCAAAGAAAUUCCAUCACCGUGUAAUUUUCUUGUUUUUCUUUCUUCUUCACUCUAUUUACGUAUAAUUUGGUGCCAUUCCACAUACCGUCGCAAAAAAAACCAAAAAAAAAUACCGGCAAAAAGGCUAACAUAAAAUUAAACCCAGGACUCAUACAUACCUAAACAUAAAAUUCAGUAUACAUACUGAUUAUUUUAUGCAAAUUAUGUAAAUGCAAAAGAGAUAAUAAUUUUAAAUCCUGAUGAAAAUUCAUAUCAUUUUAAAACCAACAUACUUUUAAGGAUGCUUUCUUGUUAUAUCAUAAAAUUUACAUAAACACUUUUGCAUAAAAAGUUAUACAGAAAUUGUUAAACAUUUUACAUUUUUUUUUUUGUUUAAUGAUUAUGUGAAAAAAAAUAUUAAUAAAAUGUAAGAUGAAAAAUUUGCGAGAAAGUUGGCGAAAAUAUUUAAGCUUAUUGUAGUCCAUUGAAGAAGAUUCUACUAAGACUCUCAGCAAAGAUCAAAAAAUGUUUUUUCAAAAAGUUGAGUUCAAAAAAAUUUAAAGGACUAAUAAAAAAAUUUUUUGUGGAAUAAUUAGAAAAAUUGAAUAUUUAUGUUUUAUUUUUAAAACUUUAUAGGGACUACAUUAUGCUUAAAGUUGCACUAAUAGCCUCAUAAAUUUAUUCCAAAGUUCUUUUUAAAUAGAUUACCUUAAUAAUUAAACCUACAUACAUACACAUAUAGUUAAAAGCUUUAGGUUAUGCAAAAAUAAUUGACCAAUACAAUAAUAUAAUUAAUUUUUGUUAUAAGAAAAGAGAUAUAAUAGUUUGUAGAAAAGUUAUAUUUUAAUAACUGAUUAAUUUGUUUUUAGCGAAAGAGUUCUUACUAGUCACCGGAGAGAAAAUGUGAAAUUGUCCCAAAUAAAAAAAAGAAAUGAUGGAAUUUGAAACAUAUUAUUUUACAUGGAAAAAUAAUGCAAAUUUAUUGCAAAAAGAAUGAAAAUAUAGGAACUAAAAUUACAUUUUUAAAAAAUCUUUAUAAUACAAAUAGCCAUUUGUCUAAAAUGCAAUUUGAUGAAUAUUGAAUAUUUACAAAACCAAUAUUUCUAUAUAAUAUGGUAUGGAAUUAUACUAUUAUACAUACAUACAUAUUGCAUAAUGAAAUAGCUUCUAUAUUAAAGAGAGUGACUAAAUUGCAAUGAAUUCUACACAAUUGUGCAGAAUAAAGGAGGAAACAGCAUUCAGUUAAUUUUUCAUUCCAUAAGCCUAUAUUUGUAAAUUAAUUUGAUAAAUUACCACAUGUAGCAAAUUGAAUUUGUGCUAUAUAUAAUAUUUUAUUUACCAACCAUAAUUGCCAUACACCAGUGGACAAAAUAUUAUACAAAAACAUGAAACCAAAAAUCUACAUUUAUAUAUUCAUUGUUUAUGAAGAAUCUCUAUAAAUAAUGUUGCUUUUUUACCUUUUAGUAGGACUAUUACAUUUUUGUAUAUAGAUAUAAUAUCAUAUAAACUAUCCUGCGAGGAUGAGUGUUUCACUCACCCAUGUCUUGGUUUGUUUUAAUUCUUACUAAUUUUAUUUUUGAAUUUUUUCUCACAUUUUGUUUAGGAAAGAAAUAUUUAAGAAAAAAAAAAUGUUGUACAUACUUGAUUGCAAUUUUAUCUAUAUAAUUAUACCUACUAAUUGAUGAUAAAUUGAAUUUUAAAUUAAACACUGUUACACAUUAUACAGUUCUCACAGCAUAAACAAUUUAAAAAGAAAAAGAAGGUAUAUAAUACACGUUAGAUUAUAAAGGAAAAAAAAAUUGUCGAAAUUGAGUAAAAACUAAUAAAACUAGUUAACAAAGAGGAAAUUAAA